CUAGAUCUUUGGAGAUCUGGUAGUCCUUAUAUAUCAAGACAAUGAGGAAGCUUUCCCUCAGGAUCCUUCCCCUCCAAUUUUCCUUGACUAGAGUAACCAGAAAUGUCUGAAGCCAAACAAUUAGCCAGCCUAGUGUUCACUCCUUUGCCUGUAAUAAGCCACCUGACAGGAACAAUAAAGUUGGCAAAGCUCCUCGCCGAUCGAGAUGAGUGCCUCUCGAUCACAAUACUCAUCAUGAAGCUGCCAAUGGAAUCCAAGAUCAGUUCCUACAUCAAGAACCAGCCUCACUCCCGAGUAAACUUCGUGGAACUGCCCAAAGGAGAACCCGUCUCUACAGAUAGUACGAGAUCUCCCGAGUACUUCGUGGCUCGAUUCAUCGAAAGUCAGAAGGACCUUGUCAGGGACGCUGUGGCUGACAUGAUAAAGAGUUCUAGUUCGUGUAAGAUUGUUGGAUUCGUGAUCGAUAUGAUGUGCACAUCCCUGAUUGACGUCGCCAACGGGUUUGGCAUCCCGAGUUACGUUUUCGUCACUUUUGGCGCGGCAGCGUUGGGGCUGAUGCUCCAUCUCCAGAGUCUUAGAGAUGACCAUAAUGUGGACCUGACGGAGUACAAGGAUUCAGAUGCUGAGAUAUCUGUACCAACACACCUUAAGCCUGUUCCUGCUGCUGUAUGGCCUUCUUCUGUUUUUUUCAAGGAAAGUGAUCACCUUGAUUUUGUCAAACGGUACAGAGAGGCUAAAGCACUUAUUUUGAACACGUUUCUUGAAUUCGAACCCCACCAAAUUAGGUCACUUUCCAAUGAUGAAAAAGUUCCACCAAUUUACCCCGUGGGACCAAUACUUCAACAAGACGGAGACCAAACUGAUUGGGAAAAGCAAAACAAUAAGGAAAUCUUUGAGUGGCUCGACAGGCAACCUGAUUCAUCCGUUGUGUUUAUUUGCUUUGGUAUUCAAGGAUUUCUUGGUGGGGAUCAGGUGAAGGAGAUUGCUUUGGCCCUGGAAAACAGUGGACAUCGGUUUUUGUGGUCCCUGAGGAAGCCACCGCCGAAAGAAAAGAUUGAGUUUCCAGGAGAGUAUGAAAAUCCUGAAGAAGUGUUACCACAAGGAUUCUUGGACCGAACGGUAGGAAUUGGGAAGGUGAUAGGAUGGGCGCCUCAAAUGGCAGUGCUAUCUCACUCAGCGGUGGGAGGAUUUGUGUCACAUGGUGGAUGGAAUUCAAUGCUGGAAAGCGUGUGGUAUGGGGUACCGAUGGCCUUGUGGCCACUAGGUGCAGAGCAACAAGCCAAUGCGUUCCUAUUAGUCAAGGAAUUUGAAAUGGCAGUUGAAAUUAAGAUGGACUACAGGAAGGAGAGUGAUGUCAUUGUGGGUGCAGAGACGAUAGAAAAGGCAAUCAAGCAGCUGAUGGACCCGGAGAAUGAGAUCCGAGUUAAGAUGAGAGCACUAAAAGAAAAGAGCAGAAUGGCGCUAGUGGAAGGUGGGUCCUCGAGCAAUUACAUGAAACGUUUCAUUGAGAAUGUCAUGGAUAACAUUUCUUAAAAAUGCUAUAGAAAUUAGCUUUAAACACAGUUCUAAAUUAUUCGAAUCGAGUCAAGCAUAUCAAUUUUAAGUCCGUGUUUAAAUUAUUAUCGAGUUUCAAAAUUUGAAUUUAAAUUUGGUUUGCUUUUCAAUGUAAUCGAGCUCAAACGAGCAUUCGUCGGAUCAAACAUCAAUUGAGCUCGAGUUAUUUGAUAUAUUUAAGUACAUUUUAUUGUUUUCGCAUUAA